CAGUUUCUGUUGGCUUUGAUCAAGAGCUGACAGAGAGCCAUCGUUAAACUAUCGCUGUGCUAAAAUUGGUACAGAAAAUCACCAAAUGGCUCCACCGUUUCACUGAAAUAUAGACUGCCUCCGGUCUGUAGCAGAGGACACUGGACAUCAAAUUUUAAAUGAACCAUUAUAAUUUGUCCCUCCACUCACACAUUCUGACCUACGCUUGGAUUCAGUGAGUUUUGAGACUUAAGUUUCUGGGGUGUGUAAAGCUUUACAAGCCAAGCUACAGCCUGUUGACUCAUGGCGAUUAAUACUGAUGUUGAGGACUGGGGUGGAGUAGGCAGUAAUGAUUCUGGAGAGCGGGCGUGGCUCUUACAGAGCCCCAGUGUGGAUUCUGUCCAGCAUCUUGAUACAGACAGGAGGAGUGGGGGCGUGUCUUCUAUGGCAGCUGUCUUCAUCGUGGUGAAUGCAGCAUUGGGAGCAGGUCUACUCAAUUUCCCAGCAGCCUUCAAUAUGGCAGGAGGAGUAACAGCAGGAGUGAUGCUUCAAAUGUUUAUGCUGAUCUUCAUCAUCACUGGACUUGUGAUUCUGGGUUACUGCUCCCAGGUCAGUAACGAGAGUACCUAUCAGGAGGUUGUUAGAGCGACGUGUGGGAAAGUCACAGGAGUUAUAUGUGAAGUAGCCAUUGCUGUGUACACCUUUGGCACUUGCAUCGCUUUCUUUAUUGUCAUCGGAGACCAGCUGGAUCGCUUGAUAGCUGCAGUGGCUCAUGAAACAGAUGGAACGGUCAGCGGCUACUGGUACACCGACCGCAAAUUUACCAUCGUUGUUACUGCAGUCCUUGUUAUUCUUCCUCUCUCCAUCCCCAAAGAGAUCAGCUUUCAGAAAUAUGCCAGUGCACUGAGUGUGAUGGGAACCUGGUAUGUUACCAUAGUGGUGAUUAUAAAGUACAUCUGGCCUGAUAAAGAAAUGACUCCAGGCUUUAUUCCCCCCAGUUCUACUUCCUGGACUGCAGUUUUCAAUGCAAUGCCAACCAUAUGUUUUGGUUUCCAGUGCCAUGUCAGCUGCGUGCCAGUGUUCAACAGCAUGAGAAAGAAGGAGAUCAAACCAUGGGGAGUCGUGGUCACUUUUAGCAUGAUCAUCUGUCUCUUCGUUUACACAGGCACAGGUGUCUGUGGCUUCCUUACAUUUGGCUCCAAUGUCAGCCAGGAUGUGCUGAUGUCAUACCCUCCUAACGAUAUUGCUGUGGCCAUCGCAAGAGCUUUCAUCGUCAUCUGCGUGAUCACCUCCUACCCUAUUUUACAUUUCUGUGGCAGGGCAGUUAUCGAGGGACUGUGGCUACGUUUCCAGGGUGAGCAGGUGGAGGUAUGUGUACGCCGUGAGCAGAGGCGGAGGAUCCUGCAGACACUAGUGUGGUUUGUUGUCACCCUCGUCCUCGCCCUCUUCAUCCCAGAUAUUGGUCGGGUCAUCUCACUGAUUGGAGGAUUGGCAGCCUGUUUUAUCUUUGUCUUCCCAGGCUUAUGUUUGAUGCAAGCCAAACUAUCAGAGACAGAUAACCGAUCUGCAAGCUGGCAUGGAUUGGUGGUCUUCGGUGUCGUCAUGGUUACAAUCGGGGCUUUCAUCUUUGGCCUCACCACUACCAACUCCAUCUAUCAAGACGUCGUCAGCUAAAAGGAACAUUUCUCUCGGAGCCUCGUCGUUGUGGACAGAGUUUAGUCCUGUGCUGCUAUUCUGAACUACUUUAUAACAUGAAGAAGUAUCUCAUGACACUCAUUUAAAUAGUCGAGACCUCUACAGCAUGUCACAUCUCCGAUCUGUAACGAGUUAAAAGUCCUCAGUCAAGGAGCAGCCGAAGACACAGAAUGUUAAGUGACUCCAGACACUUUACCUUUUAUUUUCUGUGAAGUUUAAAUUGCAUGUUUCUGGCAUGUUUUUUAUGUUUUUGUUUUAACUUGCAGUGAAAGCAUUUUUUGACAGCGCAGCCACUCAGGGGGGCUUCUUAGCAGGCCCUGUAUGAGUAACACAUUCCUGUCCUGUUUACAUGUGCUAAGGGACUUUGUAUAGAACGGUCUUACAAUCAAAUUGAUUUUAAUAAUGAAAUUGUACCAAUUUGUGUAUUUUAACUAAAUGUUUCUUAUCAUUGAAAACGACAUACGGUGGUUCCCAGGUCUAAUCCAAUUACACACUUAAUGUUCACCCUACUACUAAACUGAUGCACACACUAGGACACAGCAUCAGUGAUGAAUGAUGUGUUAACUGCAGGGCUUGAUUUGUUAAUUAUCACUCAGUACCUCUAGAUACGUGUAAAAUCAGGAUUUCAACUGUAACAUGAGGCAUAUUGACGUUACAUUUUAAAGAACACAUUUAGAAGCGCUUUUGAUUUAUUUAAAAGUUUUUAAUUUUGUAACUUUUUUUAUAUUUAUUGUGGUUUUGAAAACUGUAAUAGUGAUUUUUUUUUUUUAAUGAUUAGCUUUGAGGUU